AUGAAGUUUCUUGUGACUUGUCGAAAAAGGGUAACCACAGUUGCUUUAGAUAAGCUAAUAUCGGCUAAAGACCAUUUUCAAGGUGUCCUUAUCCGUCACACCAAUCCAGGAGGCCUCACUUGGGAGCAAUAUGAACAAGGGAUUGAGGUCUGGCGCGCAGAGCACGAUCGUGUCAAACCUGUUACUCCGCCUCCAGGCAAAAAGAAUGUACUCAAGAUUGUGCAUUUCAACGACGUGUACCAAGUUUCUAACCAGAAGCUCGAGAAGGAAGAGAACAUCGAUGUGACAAAGUUCGCCACUUUACUGUCAAACGUCAAAAAUAAAUGGGCGACAGAUGGCAUCCAGGACGGAUUGACCAUUUUUUCUGGUGACACCUUCUCUCCGUCUUGGCAAAGUUCAAUCACCAGAGGAAAGCAUAUGGCGGCUGUGAUGAAGGCAUUGAAUGUUGAUGUUAGCGUUGCAGGAAACCACGAAUUUGAUUUUGGCUACCGUCGAUUGGCAGAGCUUAUCCAUGAAACAAACUUCCCCUGGCUUCUGAGUAAUAUCAUUGACACAGACACCGGUGCCGUCCCCGAACCUCUGAAGGCCUUCCAUGUGAUCGAAAAGACUGGAGUCCGUAUAGGUUUCAUUGGCUUGGUAGAGAAGCAAUGGAUCGCGACUAUUACUGGCUGGCCAGACAAUUUUGAAUGGAAGGAUAUGACUGAAGUUGGCAAGAAUCUUUCUCAAGUCCUUCGAGAGUCUCCCCACAAUUGCGAUUUGGUCUUUGCUUUGACACAUUCGAGAAUUCCGAACGACAUCAAACUUGCUGAUGAACUUCACGCCCUCGCUCCUUGGGCACAAGACGGAUCUAAUAUUGCUUCUGAGCACGGAGUCGAUCUGUUACUCGGAGGGCACGACCAUAUCUACUGGAUUUCUAAAGGCAUCGGAUCGUGGGAUGGCUACAGUGACGACCCAUCACUCCCAGAUGCUGCGAGUGACACCGGAAACACGCUAAUCGUGAAGAGCGGUACCGACUUCCAGGACCUUAGUGAAGUUACUCUAACACUAAAGGAUACACCCGCGGGAUCUGUCAGGAAGAAGCUUAUCGAGUCCAUCAGCAUCCGGCACCGCACCACUAGUGGCUUGGCCGUUGACCCCAAGAUGCAAAGCGUCAUCGACGACGAGCUGGGUGAUAUCAAUAAAGCCAUGUCUGAUCCGAUUUGUACUAGCAAAGUUGAGCUCGACGCACGUUCCUCAGUUGUCCGUACAGGAGAGUCUGCGUUGGGUAAUUGGAUUGCCGACUGUCUGAAACCUGUUUACAACGACGUGCUCGAGAAACUCGGAUACCCAGCUGUCGACUGCGUUAUCAUUUGUAUGGGAGACAUUCGAGGAGAUUCGAAGUACAGUAGGGGACCGAUUACCCUCGGUGAUCUCAUGCAAAUGUUAUCGUUUCCCGACCCGAUGGUCGUUGUCGAGAUGGACGGAGAAGCUCUGUGGACGGCAAUGGAGUCUGGUCUCUCCAAGUGGCCCGUCCAGGAAGGACGCUUCCCUGCCAUCUCCGGGUUCCGUGUGGAAUGGAGAACGUCCAAGGAAUCUGGAAAGCGUAUUGAGAAGAUGUGGCUCCGCGAAGAAACCAAGCAGGUUGGACCCGAUGGGAAACCCAAGCUCAUCGACAAGGAGGAGAUUAAACGCAAUCAUGAUCGAAAGUAUAUCGUUACGGUCGGGGAAUACAUGACCCAAGGUGGCGACGGAUAUACUGUCCUCGAGCAGCAAAAGCUCAUCCUGAACGGUGAGAACGGACAGCCAAAGAGCACGCUGAUCCGGAAAUUUCUACUCGGUAAGCGAGAUACACUGAUUUCAUCCGGCACUUCUGAAACUUCUGAACCGUGUUUAAGGUGCUCACUUUGUCAACAAGGUUUCGCGUGA